AUCAUCAUCCUCACCUCCAACGUGGGGGCGCAGGCCGUCCUCGACGCCGACGUCGACCUCGUGGCAGGAGAGCGCGACGAGGCCGAGGUGCGGCUGCGCGUGCUCGACGAGCUCCGGUCUCGCUUCCGGCCCGAGUUCCUCAACCGGCUCGACGAGCUGGUCCUCUUCCGGCACUCAUUCAAAGCAGUUGUCGAUGCGUUAUGAGUUGUUAAUCAGGCUCGACGAGCUGGUCAUCUUCCGGCCGCUCCGCAAGGCGCAGCUGCGCACCAUCGCGCUGCUCGCGCUGCGCGCGCUCACGGGGAGGCUCAAGGCGCGGCAGAUCUCGCUGCACCUCCCCGACGACGCGCUGGGCGUGCUCGUCGACCUCGGCUGGAACCCGGAGUACGGCGCGAGGCCGCUCAAGCGCACCAUUCAAAAGGAGCUCGAGGCGCCGCUCGCGCGCGCGCUGCUCGCCGGCGAGAUCCGCGACGGCGACGACGUCGAGAUCCACGUGGACGCGGCGUCGUCGCGGCUAGCCGUGCGCGUCGUGGGGCAUAGCGGCGUGGCAGCGUAG